AUGCUGGGCUUUAGGGGCUUUUCUAAAACGUUUUCCCGAGGGUACCAGGUCAAAAGCACCACCUUCAAAACGAUACCCGUGUAUCCCGCCGUGCAAAGUCCUUCAAACCACAAUCUCUUGAGCAGCUUGUCUAAGCAAGAACUGGACAAGAAACUUGACCCCGAAGGAUGGAGACGCAGUCUCAUCUCGUCGCAUAACAAAGAAAGACUGCGGGCCGGUGACGUGGUGCGUGUAGCAUACAACCAACAGAAGUGCAAGUACGACAACCUCAUGGGGUACGUACUUUCCGUGGACCGGAAAGCACUGGAGCAAGACGCAUCGAUUUUACUAAGAAACCAGUAUUCCAAGACGUUUGUGGAGGUUCGGGUGCCUAUUUUCUCGCCACUAGUUGAGCGUAUCGACUUAAUCAGAAGGGCGGAUGGCAGAAGACAAAGAAGCAAGCAUUACUACAUCAGAGGCACAAAGCUGGACGUCGGCGACCUCGAAGCUGGUAUGAGAAAGCGCAGGUGA